CAUCUCCAACUCAAUCAUUUGGUAACAGUCCACUUUUAAGUAAUUGCCAAAAAUCUCAACACCCAGAUUUUUGAACAUUUGGUCCUUCGAGCCGGAUGGUUGAGUUGGAAUAAUCAUUCAUUCAUAUCACAUUCUUCUCAAAAGGUCAUGUCUCAAAAGUCGGGAAGAUCUUCUCCAUCUCCAAAAGAGGAUGACGCUCAACUCCAGGUCCCUCCUACUCGAUCAUCCAGAUCUUCCACAUCUUCGCAGCCUGAUGUGGGACCUCAAACUCGCUCGGCUGGUCUUCCCACCAACCUCAAAUUGAAAGUCACCACUCAAAUGAGUAGAUUGCAACUCAUGAAGGACAUCUUCUCCAAGCUGUCCAACAUCUCAACAUGGACUGUGCAAGACCUGUCACACACUCAAGAACAGCUGCAAGACCUUCAUAAGAGCUUCUCAAAGACUCACUCGUAUUUUGAGUCAGCGUGGCCUGAGUCUUGUCUCGACCACGAAUACUUCGCAUCCUCAGUCUUCUUCGAGGAAUACUCUCUAUACCAAUCAGCCAUCUCGAAAUUGAUACAACUCAAUAUGUCACUCAAUCCUGUGGAUUCACAGCCAUCCACUUCUGCUCAAGCCCCUCAGCCUUCUCAAACUCGUCCUCGAUUGCCUGACAUCUCAAUUCCCACCUUCUCAGGCGACUUCUCAAAAUGGCCUGCCUUCCGAGACCUUUUUCAAUCACUCGUCAUCAAUAGCACCUCAAUCUCUGACAUUGAAAGGUUGCAUUACCUUCGAACAUGUCUCUCUCACGAACCUCUCGACACCAUCUCCAGUCUUCCCUUAACGGAAGUCUCGUUCCCCAUAGCUUGGAAGAAGCUUAUGGAUAAAUAUGAAAAUAAAAGGCUGCUCCUCUCUUCUCAAUACUCAAAACUUCUCUCAUUCUCAUUGGCGAAUCAGAAAAAUUCUACCGCCUCAUCUCUUCGUCAAUUUAUUGACAGCAUCGUCAAUCCUCUCCAAAGUUUGAAAGCUCUAGGUGAAGAUCUAGAGCAGAACAAUAAUCUUUUGGUGUUCCAUAUCAUCAAUCGUAUGGAUCACGCCUCUCGCACUCAUUGGGAAACUCUCAUCUCCUCUAAUAACGAAUUUCCCUCCUUCGCUCAGUUGAUGGAGUUCCUCCAAUCUCGCUCCAGAGCUCUAGAAUGGACUGAGUCCAACCAGAGACAGUCACCUCAAGAAUCAUCUCGCUCUCGCACAACAGUGCACACAAUCGCUCAAAAGGUUACUGCUCCAAUUAAACCUUCUCCUCCACUCAUCUCAAGCAAACCGGCCUCCUCGAACACUCCAAUCUCAAAAGUCUCUUCUAUGCCCGGCUACACCUGCGAUGAUUGUGGACGCGACCACUUCGUUGCAGAUUGCCCUCGCUUCUCCAAGCGCUCACCUCAGGAAAAAGCUGAUGUGGUGUUACUUCGCAUCCUCUGCUCCAACUGCCUCGGUAGACAUCAUCGCCACUCUUGCAGAACGACAAAGAUCUGCAAAAUCUGUGGAAGUCGUCAUCAUACACUUCUACAUGAUGCUCCUCUCAGCAGUAAACCACACUGCAAAGUUCCACCGGUACCCCCUCGAGUGCUUCCACAAUACGCUCUCACAUCUCAAAAAUCUGCUCAAAGGGAGCUACCUCAACCACGACUCAACACUCUCCUCGCCACUGCCAUCGCCCAUCUCAUCACCUCAACAGGAUCACACACGGUUCGACUACUCAUCGACAGUGGAUCCGAGCUGACCUUCAUCUCUCAAGAUCUAGCCAGAAAACUCAACAUCUCUAGAAGGAAGUCGCAUGUUGUAAUUGUGGGAAUUCAUGGAAAGACUUCUAAGACACAAGGAUCUCUCGCCCUCACUCUCAAGUCGACGUAUGACCAUCAAACCAUAAAUAUUGAUGCUCACAUUCUUUCAUCAUCUUUCUCUAAUUUGCCUUCCUUCUAUACAUGUUUUCAGCAAUCUCUACAUCUCCAGCAUCUCAAGUUAGCUGAUCCAGAAUACCACAUCUCAAGAGCCAUCGACAUCAUUUUGGGUGCUGAUGUAUAUGGCUCAGUUGUUCUUCCUCAGAUGAAAAACGGCCCUCCAUCAUCUCCAAUCGCGCAACUCUCAAUCUUCGGCUGGCUAAUCCUAGGCCCUGUGUGUCAAGAACAGGAACGCCUUCCAAUUCAAUCUCCAAUGUUUCACACCAUCUCACAACAGUCACAUACGGAACUAGAUCAGCUCAAUUUUUGGCAAUCAGAGUUCUUCUCCAACUUCUCAAGAUGAGGGUCACAACUUUCCACUAGCCAUUCC